AUGCGAAGCUGCGUUUCCCUCCUGGCCAAGUCCUCAUCUUCCUCUCGCUGGCUCGCCCGCCAGUCGCGUGACCCGUUUGUCCGCCAACGCUCUUCCAACCCAGCCUCCUCCUCGACUUCCAAUCAGCCAUCCUAUAGAUCCCGGUCUUCGUUCAAGCUCGUCUCUCUGGCUAAAAGUCACCCGGUGCUUUUGAACAAAGAGACGAAGAGCGUCGUAGAUUUGGGAGCUGCGCCCGGGGGAUGGACCCAAGUUGCUUCUAAAAUCUUGGGCGUCGGGAAGAAAGAGGGGCAUAAGCCUGAUAAGACCAGGGUAUGGGCCAUCGACAUUCUUCCGAUGGACAGCCUCCCCAAUGUGCACAUCCUUCAAGGCAACUUUCUCUCGCCUUCCGUGCAAGCCGCCCUUCAGUCCCACACUGGCACUCCGGAGUCUGGAGCAGGAGUAGACACUGUCCUGAGUGAUAUGAUGGCUCCAAUGACCGGCGUCCGGACUCGGGAUGUAAGUAUGAGUCUGGAGCUCUGUGAGGCUGCGACGGCUUUUGCCAGAAGAGUUCUGAGAAGAAAGAAGGCAGAGGAGGAGAUGGAGGUCGUCAGGGGCAAAAAGAUCUGGCCGGGAGGAAAUCUUGUGAUGAAGUUCUUUGCACACCCAGAUCUUGACGAGUUCAAGAAAGUCGAGUUGGAUCCCUGGUUCGGCAAAGUAGUCAUUGGCAAACCCAAAGAAUCUCGUAGUGAAUCCAGCGAGGCGUAUUUCGUCUGUCUAGGCUUCAAGGGAGAGCCAACGACCAAGUAA